AUGGAGGCCAUGGCUGCAAAAGGCAGCCCGAAGCCCGUCCCCAACUAUCUUCGGCCAUCAACCGGGUCGUGCCACGACGCGUGCAAGCACGGCGGGCAUCACGCGUUCGAGGAGAAACAAGCUCCAAGGGCCCAACCCAAACCCCGGAAGAAGCAGCAGCCAUCGGCUUCCGAUGACCACAAGACAAGGCUGGUCAAGGUACGGUCGGUGUCACGCAGGCGUGUCGGAGAUUUCAGCAAACCCGACAAGGCCGAUACGCCGGCCGGUGGGAGCGAGAUUGUUGUUGAGUGGAAGGACAUCGUGGCCUAUGAUGCAGCGCCAGUGCCAGUUCCGGCUCCAGCCUCACCCGACGGGCCAUCUCAUCAACAACCUGAUGGGAGGAACAAGAGGGAUGUCAAGGGGAAAGCACCAUUUGCCAAGGCCACCCAUCCGGAGAAGCAAACCGAAUCACUGAACAAGAGGCUGGCUAAGACCGUCAGGUCGACGCUCACCGGGAAGGCCUCCGUGAAGAAGCCUCAAGCCGCCACUAACAGUUCACCUUCUCACAAGAAGGGGGCUGGCAAGCCUCCGAAAGCCAAGAAAUCUGCGACAUUGCCCGUCGAAAACAAGGAAAUUGUCCAGGGUGACGCAACUCAUAAUGAUGUUAAACAGGGCAAGUCACUCUACACUCCCGACCAAGAAGAGCGUGCUGCCAUUGCUCUUUCAAUGAGACCCAUCCUGGCACCGGCACAUCGGAGGGCCAAGAGCAUGAGCAUCAGCAACCGAUCGGUGCGCUUCCCGUUCACCCGACAACCGAGCAACAACUCGGCCACCUUCAAGCUGCGCUCCAAGAGCAGCAAGGCACCCAUCCUCCCAUCCGAACAAGACAAGCCCACGCGGCUCAGGUUCAGAAAGGGGAGAGCAGCCGGCGAGGAGUCCAGCGGCGGCAUCCAGCUCAGGGCCAGGAGCCUGCGGAGGCGAGGGAGCAGCAUGUCCGGCAGUGCAACAGGCUUCAUUGUGCCAGAGGUGAUGCUGAGGCACCAAAAGACGCUGGAGAGGAAGAAGAGCCGGAGGCUGUCCAACAACCUGAUCGAGGAGACGGCGAGCAGGCUGGCCAAGAGCAGGAAGAGCAGGGUCAAGUCCCUUGUUGGGGCUUUCGAAACUCUCUUCUCCAAGAUCGGAAAGUAG